AUGAAUGAAAAGAGGGCUGAUGUACUUGUGGGAUUGAAACAUCCAUUAGUGGGAGAAGUAAUUAAAGACUCAUUUGUUAUGUUUGAUUUAGUAGUUGUAGUGUCAGCAAUAGUGGCAGCUGUUACAGUAGAAGUUGCCAUUGUUGCUGAUUU